UGAGCAUUCAGACAUUAUUGUUUGUUAAUGCCGCGUUAAGCCGUUAAUUGUUUAUACUUAUUUACUUAAUUUGUAAAAUUGAUUUACCAUUUGUUUUGUUAUGUUAAACUAUUAUGCUACUAUAGUUUACCGGAAUUGUAUUUUUCCAAAAUAACCUUUUUCCCAGAUUUUUAACUAUAAGUUUAUCGAAUUGUACCUAUAUUGUUUAUUUUAAAAUACGUAUUGAAUAUUGUAUUUAUCUAUUUAGAUUUUUUUCAUUUUUUAUUUUUACUACUUACAAAGAACAGUGAUAUUAAUUGUAUACAUAAUUACGUUGAAGCUUGCUUAUAGUUUUCAUUGAUAAAGGCAAUCCAAUAUAAAGUUUUAAUUUUUUUUUUCAAAAUGAGUAUGUUAUUUGAUCAAAUAAAAUUGUUACACAGCCAAAAAUUGCAUUCCAAUGUCAUAAAAGUGGCAGAAAUGGUUUUAAAAGUUAGUGAACAUACAACAGAUAUCUUAACAGCGCCACACAAAUUCCGUGUAUUAGCAUAUCAGGGUGAUUCACAUUACUCCUUAGGUAAUUAUCGCCAAGCAGAAGCUGCUUAUAUAACUGCGUUGACAUUUAAAGAAGCCUGGAUUUCCGCAAACCCUCCACAAACUCCAUAUGAUGGCGCAAAAGAUCCUAUGCCUGUUUUAGAUAUUAAAUAUCAACUGCAUCUAUGUUUAGUGAAAUUAAAAGAUAAUAAACAGGCCUUAACUGUCUUACAAUCGGUACCGUCCAAACAGAGAAAAACUAAAAUUAACAUGGCUAUAGCAAAACUUAAUCAUCAAAUGGGCAAUAUUGUUCACGCUGUUACUGCUUAUAACAAAGUUCUAAAAGAAUGUCCAUUAGCAAUUGAAGCAGCUGAAGGACUUUUGAGCUUAGGUGUUAAAGGAACAGAAGUGAAUGCUAUGAUGUUAGAAAUGGUUGGAAUUAAUGGACUUGAAUGGAUCAGUGGCUGGAUAAAAGCCCAUGCUUAUCUGUUUCAACAGACUGAGUAUCCUGCAGCUAUCAAUACAUUAAAACAAUUGGAUGAUAACUCACCUUUAUGCAAUAGUAAUAGAUUAUUAGUAGCUAUAGGAAAGUCAUAUUAUUUUUAUGGAGAUCGUAAAAAUGCGCUUAUUUACUUACAAAGAGCUUACAGGUUAAAUCCACUAAUGCAAGAUGGUCUGUGCACACUAGCCAUGUGUCUAUACAUGGAAAAACACAAUAGAGAUUUAGAAAAAUUGCUCCCAACAAGUUAUACGGAUGAAUCAUCGAUUGACUCCCAUAUGUGGAUAGUUCUUGCUUUUGUGUGUUAUAGUAAUAGUAAUUAUUCUAAAGCACUGUGCUUAGCGCAAAAAGCUUGUUCUGUUGAUCAAAAAAAUAUUGAAGCGCUAUUGUUGCACGGAAUGAUAUUAACAAGUAUGAAAAAGUAUUCUGAUGCUAUUUUACAAUUCCGUAAAGCUAAUGAUAUUGCGUCUUAUCUUUUCGAUCCUCAUAAAGGUAUGGUAGAUUGUUAUAUAGCAUUGCAUAAGAUGAGAAAUGCUGUAACAGCUGCUAGUAAUUGUUGUAAACAAAUGAAUAACCACCCGAAAGCAUUAACAUUAUAUGCUUCAAUACUCAUGAAAGAUCCAAUGACAGUGAGUAAAGCAAAAAUACUUUUGGAAAGAGCAUUAAAUGUCGAUGAAUACUAUCUCCCAGCAAUAUAUAUGAUUGCUCAGAUAUAUGAACAAGAAGGAAAUCUCAGUCCUGCUGUUGCUGUAUUGCAUAAGCAAGCAUUAGAUCAACCAACUUGUAGAAUAUAUCAAAUGCUAGGCGAUUUAAGUGUUAAACAAAAUCAACUAGAAAAAGCGUUUGACUUCUAUUAUUCUGCACUCAAUCUCGACCCUAAUAAUAAACGAGUUAUGGAGAGUUUAGAGAGUUUGGGGAAACCGUGUAAUACUUCAACAGCCACAUCUGCAGAUUCGACUGGACCAGUUUUAAAUGGGUCACUUUUAGAUGCAACAUUUAGUGGUGUUAAUAAUGCCGAAAAUGAAUCAACACCAUUCAAUAAUGCUGUACAUGAAGAAGAUACAUUUAUGGAUUCUGAUCAUGAAGGAUCUGGAUCAGACAUAUCCAUAUAAUUGUUCAUGGCAGUUUUAAGCUAUGUAAAUUAACUCUGAUAUUUUAAAUAAGUUUAGUUAUUACUUAUUUUCUUAUUGAUCUGCCUUGUGAUUAUGACAUGAAUAGUGGACAAUUUCACCAUUUGGGCAUCUUACAAACGCACUGAAACAUUUAGAUAAUGUAUAUUUUGUUUUUUAUUAUUUAAUUAAUUAAAGUACCUUUGAUUUCCAAAUCGUUUUUUACAUACUCUACAUAUAUUGAAUUCUGUCAAAGUAAUAUUUUGCGACUCGUAAAAUAUUCUCUGUUGUUGAAUCUAACAUAUACAAUAUUAAAUAUUAGAAUAUUUCAAAUACAUAUUAAACAAAAAUAAUUUUUACUUUUAAAAGCUUAGCAUAAAGUAGUCCACGAUUCACUUGAUAAAGCCUUCUAUCACUGAUUGCUUUGUCUAGUGCAAUUACUAGAAAAUUAUUAAUACGAUUAAUAGGUAUUUCAUCUGGUAACACUUUUAAUACAUCUGGAGUAGCGAUUUGAGCAGCAUUUUUAUUUAAAAUUUCAACAACUUUUUCUAAAUUGGGUGCUGGCUUUGAUACGCCUCCUAGUCCAGCUAACCAACUAUCUGGAGGGUCAAUAAGUAAUCUCAACAGUAUUACGUAAAUCUAUAAUUAAUUUUUAAAUGUAUAAACAUAACAUGUAUUAUAAUUUUUAAUUGUUUUAAUAAAAUUACUUGAUCGCA